AUGGCUUCUCGAUGGAUCCGACCUGAGGUGUACCCGCUGUUCGCAACGACCGGCGUGGCGGUGGGCAUCUGCGCGAUGCAGCUGGUGCGCAACAUCACCACCAACCCGGAGGUGAGGGUGACGAAGCAGAACAGGGCGGCCGGGGUGCUGGACAACCACGACGAAGGGAAGCGCUACUCGCAGCACGGCGUGCGCAGGUUCUGGCUCUCCAAGCGCCGCGACUACAUGCAGGCGCUCGACAACGUGCCCACCGACCCGAAACACGAGUAG